AUGGAUUAACCCAUGUUGACAUAGUUGUGCAUACCAAAAGCCAACAAGAGCCGCCCGGGCGCUCCGCCCGGACUAAAGACUCCGCUCCGCCCGGACUAAAGACUCCGCGCCUGGGAGCGGCCCUUCAGGACUUCAUCAUUCGAGGGACAAUUACAACGAAUCCAGUGUUGCCGAUCUACCCAUGUACAAAUAUUUUGUGUGAAGAUAGCUGCAUCCCGUCACCUCGUAACAUGGAGACGGACGUAAUGGAGGAGCUUCUUCUUGUCGAGGCGGAGAUUCUGGAUGUUCAAGAUCAAAUUAAAUUGUUGCUUGAUCGUCAAGAAGCUCUUUACAAGAAGCAAUCUGAACUGAAAGAUUUAUUGGAAGAACUUAAAGAACCUGAUACUGCGGAUAACAUUGAUGCUACUGUCAUGAUAGCCGAUUGGUCAGGGACUUUUGAGUGGGAUGCUCUAGCUGAUGAUACCCGAUUGAAUAUUUUUGGCAUCUCCUCCUAUCGAGCUAAUCAGCGGGAAAUUAUAAAUGCUGUGAUGAGCGGGAGAGAUGUUUUGGUUAUAAUGGCCGCAGGAGGUGGCAAGAGCCUUUGUUACCAACUUCCUGCUAUCCUGCGUGAUGGAAUCACCCUCAUUGUCAGUCCUUUGCUAUCUCUUAUACAAGAUCAGGUUAUGGGAUUGAUGGCUCUGGGAAUUCCAGCUUACAUGCUGACUUCAGCAACUAGUAAAGAUGAUGAAAAAUUUAUAUACAAGGCUCUAGAGAAAGGUGAUGGUGAUCUUAGAAUGUUGUAUGUUACGCCUGAAAAGAUAUCAAAGAGCAAGAGAUUUAUGUCUAAGCUUGAAAAAUGCCAUAAUGCUGGGCGUCUCUCUCUUAUUUCUAUUGAUGAAGCACAUUGCUGUAGUCAGUGGGGACAUGAUUUUCGCCCAGACUAUAAGAAUCUUGGUAUUCUGAAGAUUCAAUUUCCUCAUGUUCCUCUGAUUGCUUUAACUGCAACUGCGACUUACAAGGUCCAAACAGAUCUACUGGAAAUGCUGCAUAUUCCUAAAUGUGUAAAGUUCACAAGUACAGUCAACAGGCCCAACCUGUUCUACAAGGUCCAUGAAAAGGUAUCAGUUGGCAAGGUGGUCAUUGAUCAAAUUGCAGAAUAUAUAAGAUCAUCUUAUACCAACAAUGAAUCAGGGAUAGUUUAUUGCUUUUCUAGAAAGGAAUGCGAGCAGGUUGCAAAGGAAUUGAGAGAACAUGGUAUAUCAGCAGACUAUUAUCACGCUGAUAUGGAUGUGGUUGCUCGAGAGAAAGUUCAUCUUCGAUGGAGCAACAGCAAAUUACAGGUUAUUGUUGGUACGGUGGCAUUUGGAAUGGGAAUCAACAAGCCUGAUGUCAGGUUUGUCAUUCAUCACAGCCUUAGUAAAUCAAUGGAAACAUACUAUCAGGAAAGUGGGCGAGCUGGCAGAGAUGGUCUUCCUUCAGAAUGCAUUCUGUAUUAUAAACCUACUGAUGUUCCACGACAGAGUUCAAUGGUAUUUUAUGAGAAUUCUGGCCUGCAGAAUCUUUAUGACAUUGUUAGAUACUGUCAGUCCAAGAAAUGUUGCCGACGAAGUGCCAUCUUUCAUCAUUUUGGGGAGCCCCCACAGGACUGUAAUGGAAUGUGUGAUAACUGUGCCUAUGGAACAGUGCUAAAGGAGAUCGAUGUCACUGGUCAUGCCAAAACCAUAGUGACCAUGUUAAGGGACAUGCAAGAACAUGAACAGAGGGCAACCAUGUUACAGCUAGUUGACAAGUUUAAGGCAAAGAUGAAGGAGAUGGGCGCUUCAUCUAACCCCACUCCUGAUCUUAAGAAGGAACAGCUUGAGAACCUUGUAAUUCGGCUUUUAUUAGAUCGUGUACUGAAAGAAGAAUUUCAACACACAGCUUAUGCAACCAACGCCUAUGUUACAAUUGGUCCAUUAUGGAAUCAAGUAUUGCAAGGAAAAAGACCAGUGAAGCUUGCCAUUUGCGUGGCGCAGAAACAAAAUGACGAUAGAAAUAAAAAAGUCUCUAAACGAGGCCUAUCAUCAGUUCUGGAAUACAAGCUAGAUGAACUUCGUAAGGAGAUCUCUUCGAGCGAGGUUGGAAUAUUUCCACAUGCUGUUCUAUCUACUCAACAAAUUGCUCUUCUAAGCAUCCAAAAGCCGACCUCGAUACCAGAGUUGGAAAAGCUAAUAGGGAAGUUGAAGGCUGAAAAAUAUGGUAGGAGAAUUGCUGAACUGAUUCAGAAUUAUGUCAGAGAAGAGCAGCCCAAUUGUGAAGCAACUGAUGCAGAUAAAGGUAAUGAAAAUGAAGGCAUUAAGAGACGAAGAAAGAACAAAUCCCCUGUUAUUAUUGAGAGCAGUGGAGAUGAGAAGGAUUAGCAGUAGUUGAAAGAACCAAAGCAAAGCUCUUCUGUGUUACCUUUUGGGAAGCUGGAAGGCAAAAAAGAAUGAAUUAGACUAACAUUUUCGUUGGAAGAGCAAUUGUGAGUGUCUUGUUUAUUAAAUGCUAAAUUUUAAACCUCUGCUGUUGACUCAUGAAAAAGCAUACUAAAUUAUAUGAAAAUUUUGGUAGAGUGUGGCUGUAUUA